AUGUGCUUCCGUCCAGGUUCAAAGGAGCGCAUCGUGGUUCUAGGCUCAGGCUGGGCUGGAUAUGCCCUCGCAAAAACAAUAUCCCCUUCUCAAGCCUCCCGCAUCCUCAUCUCUCCUCGCUCACACUUCGUCUUCACUCCUCUGAUUGCCUCAACAGCCGUUGGCACGCUCGAGUUCCGCGCCGCCGUCGAGCCUUGUCGCAAACUCGGCCUUACAGAGUUUCACCAGGCCUGGGCCUCGAACAUCGACUUUGCUAACAAGACCAUCACCAUCGAGGCUAACCAACGCGAUGGUAUCACGGCUCGCUCGGGCAAGGACCUGCUAAAGGGUCUCGAGUUCCAGGUUCCGUAUGAUAAGCUUGUUGUGGCUGUUGGUUGCUACAGUCAAACCUUUGGUGUCGAGGGUGUCAAAGAACAUGCUUGUUUUCUUCGAGACGCUACGGAUGCUCGAACAGUACGUCUAAAAGUGCUGCAAAAGUUUGAGCAGGCGGCUCUACCCAACGCAAGUGAUGCUGAGAGGAAACGACUCCUUCACUUUGCAGUUGUGGGCGGUGGUCCUACAGGCAUCGAGUUUGCCGCUGAGCUCCACGAUCUGGUGCACGAAGACUUGGCCAAGCUGUAUCCAGAGCUGAUGCCUCACGUCGCCAUCACCAUCUACGACAUCGCGCCCAAAGUGCUGCCCAUGUUCGAUCGCAACCUGGCCGCGUACGCAACAAACAUUUUCAAGCGAGCAGGUAUUCAGGUCAAGACAGAACAUCACCUCCAAGGUAUUCGUCGCGACAACGACGUCCUCCUCAUGCGCAUCAAAGAAGAGCCCGAAGAGGUCGCAGCGGGUGUCGUGGUCUGGAGCACAGGUCUUAUGCAGAAUCCCCUCGUGGGACGCUUGGUCGGUCAUGAAGUUGAGGGCCUGGGCAAGAUUGCAAAGAACAGCAAAACAGGCGGUUUCGCUGUAGACUCCCAUCUCCGCGUGCAAGUCGAGACGGAAGAGCAAGGUGCCAGCGGCAAACAAGUCCAAGUCACAAAACCUCUCCCAGACGUCUACGCCAUCGGCGACUGCGCGAACAUCGAAGGCCAAGCACUCCCAGCUACAGCGCAAGUAGCAAGUCAACAAGCGACAUAUCUAGGCAAAAGGUUCAACGCCGGAACGUCAGCCCAAGGUACCCCUACAGCGCCUUUCCAGUUCCGCAACUGGGGGACUAUGGCGUAUCUUGGCGGAUGGAGAGCGAUUCAUCAAAACGGCGGUGAUGAGCUCAAAGGUAAAGCGGCGUGGAUUCUCUGGCGAACGGCAUAUUUGACAAAGAGUAUGAGCUUGAAGAACAAGAUCAUGAUUCCAUUUUAUUGGUUGAUCACGUGGAUUUUUGGAAGGGAUAUUUCGAGGUUUUAG